CCCUCGUCGACGGAGGAGAGCACUUGGUGCAGUGCGCGCGCGCAAGGGGACGCGAAAGGACGAUGGGAGAGACUCGAGGACGACGACCGUGUUAGGCUCGUAUGGAGAUCUGACGAGUUUGACGCUGCCGAGAUUGAUUGCCAAGGAUAGUGCAUAAUAAAUUUUACUAGUGAUUUUGUUACCCUUCAAGAAGGUCCACUGAUUCGAGAUGUUCUAUGUGCAAUGGAAGCAAAAUGUUGCUGUUAGGUGAUAUAACAGCAUCUCUGAUACGUUGGUUUGAAGGAUCGUGAGAUUAAAUCAAGUGAUAAUUUAGCUUUAGGUAAUGAUAAAUCUCUUGAAUCCAUAAUAUGAUGGGAAUAUUGUACGAGAAGAGGCCACUCAAGAGGCCCAGGCUAGGUCCACCUGAUGUGUAUCCUCAGGAACCCAAACAAAAGGAGGAUGAGCUGACUCCAAACAAUGUAAAACAUGGAUUCACUACUUCCCUACAGCUUUCGGAUGAACAUGGUACUGCCAGAAAUUGCAAUGUUACCGCUGCAAAGGUUGGAGCUUAUUUCAAUGCCAUAUUGGCAAAGAAGGAGGAGUUGGCAACAAUGCCUGACACGGGCAGAAAAAGACAACAAAUUAAUCCUAAGGAUAAUUUUUGGCCAGUGACAGCAAGGACUAAAAUUGGUAUUGAGGCUUGGUUCAAAGAUUUAUCAGGGUGUAAACCAUUAGUGUCAUUAGCUAAAAAAGCACCAAACUUUAAUAAGAAAGAAGAGAUAUUUACAAUGCUGUGUGAAUAUCAAGUGCCGAUGUUGAGAGCUGCAUGGUUUAUAAAGCUUAGCUCUGCCUAUACGGUUGCAGUUUCUGAAGCCAAAAUCAAAAAGAGACAAUUACCAGAUCCAACAACAGAAUGGACAGGAACACUGAUCAAAUUUUUAAAAGAUCAGCUUUCCAAACUUCAAGAGUAUUACCAUUUGGGACAUGGAACAAGUAAUUCAAAUAGCAAUAGUAACCCUAGUACUACCGCUAAUGGUACCACAAAUUCAUCUUCCACCGGCUCUGGUGGGGCAACGCCUAACGGCACUUCCUCGUCUAGCCAGUCUGUAACGACGAACGGACUUGUCAAUACUCAACCUUCGACGCCCAACUCGAACUCUAAUUCGGGUACUCAGUGUGCGUCCGGUAGCGUGAUGAAUGAGGACCACAAGUUGGCUCUGAAACAGUGGCACUACUGCACACAAUUAGCUAAGUAUAUGUUUGAGGAAGGCCUUUUGGACAGGCAAGAGCUUCUGCAGUGGAUACUCGAACUCUUGGACAAGAUGAAGUCUGCACCGGCUGACGAUGGUAUCUUGAAGCUCUUGCUGCCUCUAGCUCUGCAGUACCUGGAAGAGUUCGUGCAAUCGGAGCUAUUGGCUCGACGACUGGCCUACCUUUGCUGUAGAAAAAUCGCGCACAUGUGCAACAACGUGGAUACCAGCUAUUGUCCGUCAAGUCCGUCCGUGGCUGCGGUCAAUGCUGCCUCUUCAAAUAAGAGCGAGAUGAACGGGAAUAAAGACGGAACAGUGCCGCAGCCUCAGACUGCUCCAGUUGUUAAUCAGCUCAACGCUGUGUUUAACGAUUAUCUGAACUGCCCGCAUCAUAGAGAUGUACUUUACGGAUUGUCUACCAUUAUUCAGGUUAUAACACUCGAAUGUCCAACAGCGCUUGUCUGGAACAACGUUGGCGAGGGCAAAUCGAUAUCGGUUUUAAACGGUUCGCCACUGGAUCAUUUACCUUGUCCACCGGCUGCGCUGCCCAGCCCCCCAGCUAGUGCUGCUGACCCCACGAGACGUCAACUGAAAAUCGCUCAGGAGAACAUUCGUGCGCGUUCGCAGGCUGCUGAAAGUCGAUGGUCUUGUGAUAAGUGGCAACAAAGCAGUGCGGGUAUGACAACAACGAAAGUCUUGGCAACGUUAGACGCUCUUGAUCGUCACAGCUUUGACAGGAUGGAUGCUAAUAACUCCUUGGACACCCUCUACUCCAAGAUCUUUACUAGUCCGAGCAAGGACAGCAACGCUACGGCAGCUAUCUCGUCGAACACCCUCACUCCGCCAAGUAGUGCAAAUCCAGCAUCUUCCGAUCGUGAGGGUGCCAACUCCAAAACCGAGUACAAUCCACAGCAGGACGCGCCGAUUGUCGAGAUCCUAUGCGAGUGGGCAGUCAGUGCUGAGCGUUGGGGUGAGCAUCGGGCUAUGGCUGUGGCCAAGUUAUUGGAAAAGCGUCAAGCGGAGGCUUCCGGCGAAAACAACGAUAAUGAUGACAAAGACAGUGUGUGCAGCAAUGGAAAUGGACCACCGGCGCUGCCGAUCUUUCAGCCACUGCUUAUGAAGUUCCUCGACGUAGAUGCGCCUGUGCUGGAUACUAGCUCGGCGCAGUCCAAAGUGCAGUUUACUAAUCUAGUGCAUUUGUUCUCCGAGCUUAUCAGGCAUGAUGUAUUCUCUCACGACGCGUAUAUGUGCACGCUUAUAUCUAGGGGUGACCUUAUUCAAGGUCCAGCAGCGAGUAAAGCCAGCACGCCGAGUAAUCGCGAUCCAAUGGACGAAGAUAGUCUAUUUCCAGGCAUCGAUUUAAAACCAACGAAACUUGAUCCGCAAGAUCACAUGCGAUCGACAAAUGACUAUGACGAUAGUAAAAUUGACGACGACCUCGACAAAAUCCUUCAAGAUAUUAAGGAUGUACAACAAAACAGCAUGGACGCACCGGACAGCCCAAAGGAGAGCGACGCUUUAGGUGGUCACGGAGCACACGAUGCUGGUCUUGAAUCAAAAACUCCUAGCAGUCCGAGUAGGCAUCUGCUGUAUACGAUGCAUUUCCCACUGCCUCAGGAUGAGACGUGUAGUCAGCACGACUGCAAUCAACGGCAUGUAUUACUCUUUGGUGUCGGCAGGGUCAGAGACGAGGCUAGGCACGUUGUCAAGAAGAUGACCAAAGAGGUGUGCAAACUCUUCGGCAAAAAGUUCAGUAUCGAUGUAGCGGAGGGCGGAAAAGUAAAGAAACACUCGCGCAGCGAGUUUAACUUUGAGGCGAUCACUCAGAAGUUCCAGAAUCUCAGCUACUUCGAUCAGCACGUGGUGACGUGGCAAUGCGCCACCCAGGUUGUCGACAUGCUCAACACCUUUGUCACUGGUUCGUCGUAUUUACCGGUCCAGGAGCAUGUGGCCUUUCUCUUCGAUCUCAUGGAGCUCGCUCUCAAUAUAUACGGACUGAUAGAUAUUUGCAUACAGAUAUUGAAGGAGCUACCCGAAGUCGAGGCGCAGCUGGACGUUAGAAAGAGUACGCUCGUUAGAAAUUACACGACCAAUUUAAGUUUGUACAUUGUUGGAGUACUCAGGAGAUAUCACUGCUGCUUAUUACUCUCACCAGAGCAAACGACGGUGGUAUUCAGCCUACUCUGCAAGAUGGUAGCUCACGUUUCUAAUCCUAGCGACUGCAGCUCGGCCGAACGCUGCGUUCUCGCGCAUCUCUACGAUCUCUACUCCAACUGUUCGUUGCUCAAGACGAAACCUCACAGCUCGGAGGGUUUUAAUAACGCGAAUCCCAAGAUACGCGCGGCCUACUAUACGGCGCUCACACUCACGCCUUCCAAUCACCUGUACAACUCUCAGUUCAUGGUCGACGUGUUGAACAACCCACGCAGAGGUGGUAAGAUUGAACCUCAGUGGGCCAGGCAACUGAACGAAACGCCUGCCAAUCGUUAUAGCUUUGUGUGCAAUGCUAUUGUCACCGUAUGCAGCGAGACUGACAACGACAAACUCAACGAUAUCGCGAUAACGUGCGCCGAACUGACCGCUUGCUGCAACGCUCUCAAUACAGAGUGGCUGGGAGUUCUCAGUGCUCUCUGCUGUUCUUCAAAUAGUUCCGCUAAUUAUAACGAUGUACAAAAUCAAGUCGACGUCCAAGACUUGAGUAUACAUAAUUCUUUGGCUGUUUUCACAUCUAUUCUGAUAGCGAGGCAUUGCUUCUCAUUGGAAGACUUUGUGCGUCACAUAGCUAUACCCUCUUUGGGUAAAGCCUUUAAUGACGGCCGUGGCGAUGCCGAUACGGAUGCCGAAGCUGGCGCUCGUCUAACGUGUCACUUGCUGCUACGACUUUUCAAGACGGUCGAGUGCCCGCAACCGUCUCUUUACUCCGUAGGCACGUCCCCGCAUCCGUUGCCCACUGGUAAUCAACGCAGUUACAGUAUAAAACUCAGCUGCGAUCGACACCUACUAGCGGCUGCACACAACAACAUUUGCGUUGGACCAUUAAUCGCGGUUUUGAAGGCGAUCCUAGUGGUAGGAGACGCGACGGCGGGCAAACAGCCGCCGAAGAAGCCCGAUACCCAGAUGCCCCAUGCCAAGGGUGGACCUGGCAGUGUUGGUGGCUCGGGACCGGGCGAAUUAUCUAUUAGUCACAUUUUAGGUACUAGCGACAUUCUUGGUGGAAGCGACGAUCUUGGUCUGGAUUUAGGGAUGUCAUCGUCGAGUAGUAGCGUUGGAAUGACAACGGAAAACGUAAAAGGACUCUCGGAUUUUGCACAGCACGUUCUCAGGCAAAUUUGUAGUCAAGAAUGGGUUUUGGAGAGGUGUUUACAAAAUCCAGAAGAACUUUGCCAGGACGACAUGCUUCUCGAUAGCAUGCUCACUCCUCGUCAGGCGCAAAGAUUACUCCACAUGAUCUGCUAUCCCGAUACACCAGCCGAUGCUUUUCUCGAUCAGAAGACUCACAUCACCAACAUCCUCGAGAAUCUCGAGCAAUGGAGUUUACGCAUGUCUUGGUUGGAUUUGCAGCUCAUGUACAAACAGUUUCCACCCUCAUCCGUCGAUCUGUCGCAGUGGCUCGACACCGUGGCUAAAGCAGCCAUAGACGUUUUUCAACUCAACAACGUAUCCGGCAAGCCCGACAAAAGAUCGGAUUCCAUUUGGCUCGUGGCGCCUCUUGUUUCCAAGUUGCCCAGUGCUGUUCAAGGUAGAGUCCUGAAAGUCGCGGGUCAGGUGCUCGAGUCCGGCAAUUGGUCUAAGACGACCGGCAGGGAGAGAAGAUCGAAGAGCCCCUCGAUGUUCAACCACCAGCCGUUUCUGUCUCUUGUGCUUACUUGUUUAAAAGGGCAGGACGACCAAAGGGAAGGUCUGUUGACGUCCUUGCAUUCACAGCUCUCGCAGUUCUGCACGUCGAGCAAGGAAGAAAAGAGCAUCAGCAGCGAUGAUCCUAAAGCCCGUGAGAUACUUCAGGACGCGUUACAGCUGCGCUUCAGUUUGGUGGGUGGUGUCUUCGACACGAUACAGCGGAACAUAACUGUGACGAACGACUGGGCAAUGCUACUGGUCCAGCUCGUCAGCUACGGUGUUAUUGACUUGAAUAAUAACGCCGAGCUGUUUACGACCGUGAUCGACAUGCUCGCCACCCUCAUACAUUCCACGCUGGUCUCGGACUCGCAAAGUGAAAAGGACGAAAAUAAAAAGUACUAUCAGAAUCUGAUGAAGAAACUGAAGAAGGAGUUGGGAGACCGGAAUAACCAGAGCAUACAGUUUGUUAGACAAUUGCUGCCGUUGCCGAAACUCACUAUGGAAGUCAUUACGUGCGAGCAGGUCGGUUGUAUUACGGAUACUAAAGGCAACAAGAUUGCUGGUUUUAACAGUAUUGAUAAAAAGCAGGGACUGCAAGUGUACAAUGCGCAGCGUGUCUCCGCCUGGGAGUUGCUCGAAGGUCACAAGAAUCCUGCUCCGUUGUCUUGGGCUUGGUUCCGAGCGGUUCGUCUUGAGCGCAAGCCUCUGACUUACCAGAAUGCCCACAAGCUUUUGCGAUAUCAUACACAUAGCCAAACGAGGCCGGCGUCUUACUACUUGGAACCGCCACCGCUACCACCCGAGGAUCUUGAACCUGAUAAAAAGGAGCUGGAGACAUGCAAAGCGGAUACGCCCAUGAGCAUAGACUCGCCGGGCAGAAUGAUGGCUGCGAUGGGUGGUAUUGGCAAAGGCAAGGCGCUAAAACCCAGCAAGAGACAUCGAAGAAACAAGAAUGGUCCGGCUACGCCGACGAAUUGCAUGCAGCCUCAACAAAUGCCACCACAACAGCAAGGCCCGACGCCAAUGCAGCAACAGAUGGCUUACGGCGGCCAGCAACCACCACAACUCCCUCAGCAGCCUGGUAUGUUCCCGAAUCAACCGCCCCAACCACAGCAGCAACAACAGCAACCCCAACCUCAGCAACAGCAAUGGUAUCCAAACCAACAAGCUCCUCAUCCUGCUGCUGCUCAGCAGUAUGCUCCGUACGGACAGCAAAUGGCACCUAACCAGGUGACCGGUCCUCGGUACGAUAGACCGGGUCCCGCGCUAAACCAGUCCCAAUCCAAGCAAGCGCUAACCAACAUGCUCAGGAUGCGGCUGCCCACGAACCAGUUUAUGUCUGGGCAACAGCAGCAGCAGCAGCAACAGCCUCAGCCGCAACAGCAGCAGCCUGGACCACCAGUACCUAACGCGACCCAGCCCAACGUCGGUGGACCUGGUGCCUUCCAAGGUAUGCGCAAUCAGUUUAUCAGACAGCAACUCCGGGCUCAUGGGCAGCAGCAUGCGCCUCCGGGUAUGCAGCAGCAGCCGGGACUAUUCCCGCCACAGCAGCAACAACAGCAGCCGCAGAAUAUGUAUGCUAAUAUGCAGCAAGGUAUGAAUCAAAAUUACGCUGGCUAUGGUGGGCAGCAAAUGAUACCUCAGCAACAGCAGCAGCAACAGCCGAAUAUGAUGGCACAGCAGCAGAACAUGUUCCAAAAUCAACAGCAAAUGAUGGGUGCCCAGAAUCAGCAGCAGAUGAUGAAUGCUCAGAGCCAGCAGCAGAUGAUGGGCGCGCAACGAAAUCAGGAGUACUUGCAACAGCAGAGGAUGCAACAGGGGGCUGCAAGACCGCCUUACAUGCAGCAGCAGGCACCGAAUGUUACAAUGAAUACUAUGGGUCCAAUGGGUAGUGGAGUACAAAAUCAGCCAGCACCUCCAUAUCGGCAAGCUGGAGGCAAACCUGGCGCAGUUAACGUUGGUGGCGUCGGUCAGGCAAAUGUGGGUCUUCAACCAAACCAACAUAUGCAACCGCAGAUGUCUGCAUUGAACCAACAGCGCAUGAGGCAGAUACUAGCGAUGCAGCAACAGCAGCAGCAGCAACAACAGCAGGCCCAGCAACAAGCGGGAAAUGCUGGACAGCAGGCAACCCCUCAGUUGGUUGCUCAUCUCCAGCGCAAUAUGAACCAGGCGCCACAGCAUCCCUACCAGCAUCAACCGCCGCCUUACUAAGUGUACUUCGUUGACAAAAAAAAAAAGAAACAAAAGUGUGUGUGGCUGUGUGUGUUCGGCGCCAUUUAACGGACGCAUUACAAUUAAUGGAAAGACAUGUGUUUUAGAAGAAAAUUGCCGAGAAUAUUGUGAAUGUAAAUGUUGAAGUAUUUUAUCGAGGAAAGAUUUUCAAUUUUUUCGCGUAGCUGUUUACAAUUAACACAUUAAAUAACGUUAGCAGAAGAAAGAGGAAAUCAUGCAAAUCUAUUGCCGAUCUAUUCGAGACGUAAUGUUUAACUUAGAAAGCGAGAGAACUUUAAUUAUUUUUUAAUUUACACGAACGAGUUUAAGUACUAGGUGUGGAACAGGGCUUCGACUGUAAAUGUUUUAUUAUUAAUAAUUUUUUUACGCUGUACAUUACUUUUUAAACUGCGUUUUCUUUUUUGUCUCUUGUCUUACAAUGUACGGCGGUAUACAAUAGUUGACGAUCAUUGUGUAUCCGCGAUUGAUAACGCAUGAGCUGUAAUUUUAUCGGUGGACUUAGAUUAUAUAUAAUAAAUAUCCUACGACGAAA